CGGAGAGGGCUCCCCUCCAUUGUAUAUUGGCUAUAUGUUCUUCAAUCAAGUUCUCCGAAGGAGAUCCGAAGCUUUUGAUGUUUUCUCCCUCAACUUCUUCAUCUCGAGUCCUCCCUGUAGCAUUCUACAGUGGUGGCAGUGAGAAGAGCUUCAUGGAUCCAGCAAUCGGAGCUUUAGAUUGUGAGGCGGUGGACUGCUUGAUGAUGGCGGUCCCGGUCCUCCCUGAAGUUUCAGGUUUCAUCUCUGAGACGACAAUGUUUCCCCAAGGACGGCAACACAACUUCUCAGAGGAACGGUCCGUCGAAGUUCAGGUGAGGCAAGGCAAAAGAUCUUCGUUUUGGUCACGGCGAUGCAAUGUAUUUGGUGUUGCGAGUAGUUGGUCCCUGCUAGUUUUCCGGCGGCUCUGGUCGCUCGGAUCUCCGGGUAGGGACUCGACGGAUCUAGGCAUGGAUCUGUCGAGCGCGUAUACCAGUUUCUCUGACGGCACCGGAAGCUGCAGAUUUGGUAAACCCUAGUUUUAGCUCUGGUGUGGUUUAUGGGCUUGGUGGGCCGUUUUGCUCUUCUAGGACUAUGGGCAUCUCUCUUGUUGUUGGACAUGUUACCCUAUUUUGGUUUGGACCUUCUUUGUGUGUUUUAUUUCUGUUUUUAGUUUAUGUCUUUAAAUUAUGUUAUCAUCUACAAGGGCAAAGCCCAAUGUACAUAUUUGUUUCCACAUAUGAUCCUAAAUAUGUUAAGAAGAAAUGAAAACACUUUGA